GUUUCUUAUUUUUUUCAGAAAAAUCAUUUGCUGAUUUUACCCUAUUCAUUAACUGAUCCGUGCAUCAACAAAAGUUAUUUCACUGCAUUGGAAAAAUGGUUGACUUAAGUGAAAACGAUCUGAAUGAUGUUCACGACAUGUUCCUACUGUUUGACACAAAAGGAGAUGAAAAAAUUGAAGCAAAAGAUAUUGGCGAAGUUGUACGUGCAAUGGGUCUGAAUCCAACAGAGUCGGAUAUUGGCAAAUAUGGUUAUCAAAACAAUCCAAAUGAACGUAUUAGUUUUGAAUCAUUCGUACCGAUUUAUCAUGGUUUGUUAAAAGAACAAGUUGAAGUGGAUCAAGAAACAUUUAUUGAAUCAUUUCGUGUAUUUGAUAAAGAAGAUAAUGGUUUUAUUAGUGCAGCUGAAUUAAGACAUUUAUUAACAGCACUUGGUGAAAAAUUACGUGAUGAUCAAGUGGAUAUAUUAUUAUCUGGUUUAGAAAAUAGUCAAGGUCUUGUACCAUAUGAAGCUUUUGUACAACGUGUCAUGAGUUGAAAGUAAAAGUGUUUGUUCUCACACUCACACACAUAAACACACACAGGUGCCCAAAUAAUCAUCAAUACAGACAAGUUAAUUUUUUUUCUUUUGUAUAAGUUACUACUUAAUAAGUCAUCAACUUCCCUUUAUACUAUAUAAUAUAUAUAUAUAUAUAUAUAUAUAUAU